AUGGUUCGCAUUAAAUUCACUGGGCCGUCAUCAACGGUUCAGCAGUCUGCUCGAACUUUCAACGAACUCAUUUCAGAGAGCAAGACACAAACUGAAAAUGCGAUUGUGUCGAAGUCAGAUAUACAGGAACAGUUAUGCCUAACGCAACAGCAGAGCCUGCAGAUCGUACAGAUCAUGCUACAUGUCUCGUUUGGAACGUUGUUCUAUCUUCGAGAGCUCUUGCCGCUUCCAUGCUUUGACGAUCGGGAUUUAAAAGAAGCCCAGCGGGAACAUACACAUACCGUCUCAUAUCGAACAUUUGUUGGGGAAAGCCCCCAUGUAGGGAGUGAGCCCGAUGUCCCAUUUGGAAAAGGCAAGAGAGGGCAGCCCUUGAAGAUCAUAGUUCGAGGCUCUGAUCCCAAGGCAAACACUAUCCUCGAUAUCUUGGAAAAUGGUGUCUUCGAUGCUCUCAGUAAGAACGUUCUGGAAGCUCUUCAAUUAACCAUUUUUGUCGAUAAGGAUUCUCCAGAUAACGUAUUGGAGACUUACACAUUUUCAUUCCGAUACACUGGAGGCUCUGGAGAUGUGAACCGUCGGCUAGAAAGCUUGUCUAUAGACAACGUGGGAUUUGUCGCUGACAUGAAAUACGCACAAACAGCCAGGAUAGGAUUGGAAACGAUAAUCCGACGCUUGAUAACACUAAGCACAUUCCUUCCAACAUUGCCAAAUAAGCGAAAUUUGGGAAUUCACCUGUUUUACACCGAGGACUGUCCUCCUGAAUAUGAGCCUCCUGGUUUUACCACAGCACGCAACGAUACUCUUACAUACCCCCGCGAUGGGAACUGGAGGAAGGAAUCGCAGUCGUGUGGCACGAUGGACAGCGGGUGGCAUACGGUUGGUCUUAAUGUGACCUCCCUCAAAUGGACUGGACCAUACCCCCACGAGCCAGACGCUAUACCAAAGAUACCUCCCCAGCUCGAGUACACAGAAGUGGUGAAGAGAACGGAGGAUAUUGGCUUCUCUGAAAGUACUUUUCACAGUGCAGAAAGUGGCAAAAGUACUAGUAGCAGGGAUGAUUCGCACUCGGACCAAGACCAGUCAUCGAUGGCGUGUGAUGAUAGGAACAGUCUUGUUGAAGAAGCGACACAAGAUAUUGUUGAAAGACAGAAACUGCAAAUGAUGAUGACGGGAACAGCUUCUCCUUCAGGCAACGAUCUCGUUCCAACACAACCUAUCAACUCUGAUGCAACAGCUUGCAAUAGUUUUCCGACUCAACAAAAAAACAUUGGAGGAUUUUCUCUAUCUCCAGAGAAGAUCAUCGAAAUUAGGGAAUUUCGUGCAUCACAUAAUCUACACAUAUCUACUGACUCGAACAGCCAGGAUGUGGGACUUAUCAGAUGCCAGUGUGGCUGGGAAGGUGAAGAAGCGGAUAUGGUUCAGUGUGACUUCUGCUUCACACGUCAGCACUUGGUAUGCUAUGGAUUUGACGGUACAACCCUGAGGGUUCCUGAUAUCCACGCUUGUUAUCAGUGCUUACUUGAACCGAACGAAUCCCAAGUUCUCCGUGAGAUGAAUAGCCUUGCUCUCUUGAGAAGAGCUGUAAGGAUCAUCUUAAAUGAGGGGUUCCCUAAUAAAACAUCGAUAUUUACACAGAAGCUUCAUUGCAAUGGCCAAACAGUUCUCCAAAUAACGGACCUUUUGAGAAAACAAAGGUUCUUGCAACCCACCCCCGGAUAUAAAGCCAAAGGGUUCUUGCGAAAGGGACUGCCGAAAUUCAGCAUUCCUCCCUCUGAAGAUGUCCGCCAGAGGCUAUGUAGGGAGAUUCUAGACCCAAUGGUAAAAGUCAGACAUCAUUAUGUAUUCCGAGACUCAUAUGAGAGUAAAACGCAACAAGCAGCGGCCGACAAAGCAACCAGCUGUAUUGAUCAGAUUUAUGCUGACAAUACAAGAGCUCCAUUCAAUGCAAAUAGAGAAUCGGACAGAGGGCUAAGAGUUAAUGAAGACGGGGUUGUCGGUGUAUUGAACACAAGACAAACUCGCAAGAGAAAGUCGCCACCAGAAAUUUACGAGAGCGAAUCUCGCGAGACCGAUUCUAAAGGGAAUGAUCAGGCUACACAGGAACAACCAGUGGCUAGUCUUCUGAGCAAGGAUGUUGAAGGGAACAGACGCUUGCCUGAGAGCAGUACUGAACUUAAGAUGAGUACGCCCAAACAUAUGUCACCCCGUCAGACGCUACAGGGAGAACUUCGACGCAGCAGUAGGAAAAGGCCCAAGGCCAGUAACUAUGCAAAGCCUAUUGACGUGGGAGCCGAAACCAGUGGGCAUGAGAGUCCCUGA